UCCUGUCGCGUGGGUGCCAUGGCAACGGAGGGAGCCGGCGACCUGGGUUCCGGAAGCCGGGUAGCUGGAGCUUUGAAGAUACCCGGGUCUAAAGAUGCUGAGUCCGGAGCGCCUAGCCCUACCGGACUACGAGUAUCUGGCACAGCGACAUGUCCUUACGUACGUGGAGGAUGCAGUGUGCCAGCUACUAGAGAACAGGGAAGAUAUUAGCCAAUAUGGCAUUGCGAGGUUCUUCACUGAAUAUUUUAACAGUGUGUGCCAGGGAACACACAUCCUCUUCCGGGAAUUCAGCUUCAUCCAAGCCACCCCCCACAACAGGGCAUCGUUUCUGCGGGCCUUCUGGAGAUGCUUCCGAACUGUGGGCAAAAACGGUGAUCUGCUGACCAUGAAGGAGUACCACUGUUUGCUGCAGCUGCUGUGCCCGGAUUUCCCACUGGAGCUUACUCAGAAAGCAGCCAGGAUUGUGCUCAUGGACGACGCCAUGGACUGCCUGAUGUCUUUUUCAGAUUUCCUCUUUGCCUUCCAGAUCCAAUUUUACUACUCAGAGUUCCUGGACAGCGUGGCCGCCAUCUAUCAGGAUCUGCUGUCGGGCAAGAGCCCCAACACGGUCAUCGUGCCGACAUCGUCCAGCGGGCAGCACCGCCAGCGCCCGGCCCUGGGUGAGGCCAGCAUGUUGGAGGGAGUGGAGGCGUCGCUCUUCUGCCAGUGCCUGGAAAACCUGUGUGACCGGCACAAGUACAGCUGCCCGCCCCCAGCUCUUGUCAAAGAGAUCCUGAGCAGUGUGCAGAGACUGACUUUCUAUGGAUUCCUUGUGGCGCUCUCAAAGCAUCAUGGGAUCAACCAAGCCCUAGGAGCUUUGCCUGACAAAGGAGAUCUGAUGCAGGAUCCAGCCAUGGAUGAAGAGCUGGAACGGCUGCUGGUUCAGGUCCCAGGCCUGGUCAGCUCGGUCACUGCCACGCCUGAGGCCAGCUGCCUGCCUUCCCGGACCCCUUCCCGGGUUGGCUCCCCCUGGAGGCCCCUCCAUCACUCCCGCAAAGUGGACGCCGAGAGUGACGGCUCCACGGAAGAGACAGACGAGUCCGAGACUUAAGGAGUCCGGAAGGCCUUGCCUGCCCCCUCUACCUUGCCCCGCCCAGCCCUGCUACUCCCACCCACCUGCCUGGCCCGGACCCUGCCGCCCUCUGCUGGCGAAAAGACUAAAUAACAGCCCAGCAAACCACACACCCGGUUCUUCAGCCAAGUCUAUCCCUGGGGGCCGUCAGCCUUUGGACUUCAGUCUGGCCCCAAGAGGACAGGCUGGGCUGAGGCCACCUGACUGCUGGCUCGGGUCUCUUGUGAAAAGUCCUCCUAACCCCAUGAGCAAGAGCGGCCCCUGCCCACCUCCGCUGUCCCCCAGCCCCAUAAAGCACUGCAGGACAUGCAGUAGGGGCGCAUGACCACUGUGGCCUUCUACUGGAAACAGCCAUGGCCAUGGUGGGAAGAAGGAGGCCAAGACGAGAGUGCUACAUUUCCACUUCCAAAACCUGCUUUCGUCUGCUCUGUGACGAACAGUCAAAUAUGUGAAAUAAAUAAAGCCCCUUGUGUCUGUUAA